AUGAUAUUUAUUACCAGCUCCCGAAAUAUUCAAUCAUCAGAAUUAAAUAUAAGCAAUUCAACACAAAUUAAUAAUCAACGAAUAAAUAAAAAACAUGCACGAAUAAGAGGAUCAGGAUUACGAAAUACAAAAACUACUCAAUCAUUAACUAUUGAUUCAUCAUCUAAUAAUGAGAAUAAACGAUUAGUUUCACAGUUAUCAUCAGCGUUAAUAAAUAAACAAGAUUUGGAAUUGACUAGAUCAACAAGAAGAAAAUCAUCCAUUUUACCAUAUACUAUUAUUGAUAAAUUACCACCUUUAAGAAGAAAUAAAAAAAGAGUUAGUUUUAAAGAACCUGAUUUAAAUACAGAGCAUGAAUUGCCAGAUAUUGGAUUUCCAGAAGAAGAAAACACAACACCUGUGAAACGAACAGUAGGAAGACCAAAGAAACAAAAAUCAUUACGUGGAAGAAAACCCAAAUCAAAGGAAGAUGAGCGACAACAACAACAACAAGAAGAAGAAGAACAAGAAGAAAGUGAUACAUCAUUACUUAAAGCACAAGCGAUUGAUGAGAAAAUUGCAAAAGUUAAACAAAGAAUAAAAGAAUCUGGAUUAAUUGGAAAUGUAAAUUCAAAAAGUAGGAAACGUAUUAAUGAAUCAAGUAUUUUAGAUAGUCCAAAGUCAGAAAAUUCAGAAAUUGGAUUAAUUAAUGGAUCAAAAAGAUCACAACAUUCAUCAUCAAUUAAGAAAAGAAAAGUAUCAUCAGGUGAAUCGUCACUAAUAUCACAACCUUCUUCACCACCACCACCACCACCACAACCAUCUUCAAUACGUCAACAAGUCAUUCCUACCCCAUCUCCUGAACCAGAUAUUAGCGAUUCUGAACAAGAUAGUGAUCCAGAUUAUGGGAAUUCAAUAAUUCCUAAUAGAAGAAGACAAGGGGCAAAUAUAAUAUCAUCAGGUAAAACUCGACGAGUAGCACUUCCAUUAUUAUCAAAAACCAAAAGUAAAAUCACUAUAGAUUAUCCAACACUUGUCAAUGCAUCAAAUAAUCGAGGUAGAAUACAACGAGCAAGAAUGUUGGAUGUAUUACGAUCAUUAAUAUCAACAUUUGAACCACCACCUUCAUUAACUAAUAAUAAUUUAGAAAUUCAUGAAAGAUUUAAAAAUAAUUUACUUUCAAAUAUAGAUAAAUUAAGAGAUGAAACUACAACAAUCGAAGAUAUUGCUAAAAAUAUUCAUUCUGUACAAAAAGCUAAAAAAGAAUUAAGAAAAAUGAUAUUUGAUUUAAAAAAUGAUCAUGUUGAUAUUGGUAAUCAAUUGAAUCAAUUACGUGUUAAUAUAAAGAAUAAAAAACAACAAUUUGAAUCUUUAAAUUUAUUAACUGAUCAAUUUAAACAAACUAAAGAGAUGAUGUUGAUGAUGGAGGAGAAGGAGGAGGGAGGUAAGAAGAAUAGAAAUUCAGGAUUGAAUGAUGAUGUUCAAUUAAAGUUGGCAUCGUUAGGAAAGAUAUUGAAUCCCGAUAUUGGAUUAUGUUCAAAACUUGAACACAUCAAUAAUAAACUUGAACAUUUAGAUGAGUCUAUAUAA